UAUAUAUAUAUAUAUAUAUAUAGAGAGAGAGAGAGAGAGAGAGAGAGAGCAAAAACACUAUUUUGGAGACAACCCACCAGUCAAAAGGAUGUUGCACCUGACAUUCGGUGGCCAUAAUAUACAGUAGCUUUUAGGUAGAAAUUGGCUUGGUGGCACUCCUCUGAAUUUGUGUGAAAAUUCAGCCCUGAAAGCUAGUUUCCGUCAGCAACAUGAAAUUUUAUAGUAAUGUCUAUCAUGAGGCGGCACGGUGGCCUCACAGUUCUGAGGACCCGAGUUCAAUCCCCGCUCUGCGAUUGGCUGGCAACCGGUUCAGUGUCUGCCCGAUGACAGCUGGGAUAGGCUCCGCCACGCCCGCGACCCUAGUGAGGAGAAGCGGCUCAGCAAAUGGACGAACGGAUGUUUCAGCAUUUAAGAAAAAAUAAAUGUGGACAAACACAGCUGCUUGUCAUGCGCUAGUUACUUCCUCUCGCAUCUGAGGUGGCUGGCUCGACUUCUUUACGAGUGGAAGAGGCUGGCUUGAUCGCAGUUCUGCAUUGACAUGGAAUUAUUACAACUUUUGUUCGUCUGUCUGCUAUAUACACACCAGGAUCAAGGGAGUGGAGCAGAGACCAAGUUUGUGAUGCUGGGAACUGACCUAAGUUUGGAAGUGAAGGAACUUGUCAAGUUUACUGUGGAUAACGACCAAUUCUUAUGGAAGUUCAAUAAAACUUCCAGCAUUUUAAGAUCAGAUAAGUCAUUUGAAAGAAAAAUAUUUCAAAAUUACACAGGAAGAGUCACGUUAUCAAAAAACUUUACCUUGACAUUAAGAAAGGUACAAGCGCUGGACAAUGGACGUUACACUGCAGUGCUUAGCGGUGGUAGCGAGCUGACAUUGGCUGAAUACAACGUUCAAGUUAAAGCCAUGGCAUCUCCCGUCAAGCUGAAGGUGGUGCCGGUGUGGGCCGACUCGGACUCCUGUAAUCUGACGGUGACCUGCAGUACCGACACCACAAAACUCAAUGCAAUUUUUGCAUGCCGCCAUGAUGUCUGCGAUCAGAGCGGAGACAGACUGUCAAAGGCAGCUGGGCGUCUCAAGGCCUUCUUCUUCAAUUCUUCUAUUGUGUGUGAGCACAGCAACGAGGUUAGCCAGACCCAGGAUGAAAAGGACGUUCAACAUAUCUGCUCUCAACUUGGCGAAUCCAAUGGAAGCUCAAUAGCCCCCUGGAUCUGGAUACUAUUCUUUCCAGUACUUGUUGGCAUUUUCCUUGGUCUUAUUAUUAUUAUUAUUUUAAGAAAAAGACAAAGACUGGCAACCAGGCAAACAGAAUGUGGAGUUCCUCGGGAGAUCAACCCGAUCCAAAAUGUGAAUGCCAUUCACGCUUCUAAUGACGGCAGUCUUUCUGAGAUCUCCGCCUACUCUUUGGUGGGACAUCACACAGGACCGAACUGUACGUCCAAGUUCUCAGAGCAGCAAAACCUCAAAAAGACACUGGAACAGGAUCCCAUACUAGUCCCUGCGCAAAAUAGUAACCCAUUUUUGGCAUUGUAAUUACGCAGACUUCAUGUUUAUGCAUUUCUUUGUCUUUGUCUGUAGUCAUUCAGGUCAUGGUAUUCAGGUCAUGGUAAUCCCCGAAAGUCAAAUCAAGGCAGCGAGACUCUUCUUUUGGGGAAAACAUUUCACUUUUAAUGCAAAAGGCUUCUUCAGUUCUAAAUUGUAAGUGUGGAGUUGUCACAUGUAGUACAGCAGAGCAAUCUUACAAAUUAUGACAUAAGCACCAAAUUUGGCACAGGUACUCCUUCGACAUUACUCUUGAAAAAAAACAUAGGCCACUUGAAAUUCAAUUUGGCUGCUGAUUUUCAAGAUGGACACGAUAUCUGUUACACAAAUAGUACAUUUUGCAAUAAAUAUAGGGCGUUGGAGGAAAGGUAGUAGCUUUGUUUCAGCAGUCGGCCACAUUCUCUGAAUGGACUCCUGGCAGCGGUCCUCACUGCUUACCUACAGUAACUCUCACCUGCGGCUAGUGUACGGCAACAGCCACACCCCAGUACCCCGUGUUGGCUCACGGGCUAAAUUACGUGAGGGUAGCACACAGAGGGUCUCUUUGUGUGCCUGCUGCGGAAGUGCAGAGACAGGGAGACAGGAGAGAUAUGGGCACUCUCUUCUAGGCCAGACACUUGUGCAUGUGUCUGACACUUUCAAAUUAAGGAACCAAUCUUGUCUUUAUGUUUUUUAAAAAAAAAAUACAAAACGCUAUUUACAUGGGCACGGUGGCCGACUGGUUGGAGCGCCUGCUUCACAGUUCUGAGGACCGGGGUUCAAUCCCCGGCCCCGCCUGUGUGGAGUUUGCAUGUUCUCCCCGUGCCUGUGUGGGUUUUCUCCGGGCACUCCGGUUUCCUCCCACAUCCCAAAAACAUGCGUGCUAAGUUGAUUGAAGACUCAAAAUUGCCCGUAGGUGUGAAUGUGAGUGUGAAUGGUUGUUUGUUUGUAUGUGGCCUGCGAUUGGCUGGCGACCAGUUCAGGGUGUACCCCGCCUCCUGCCCGAUGAUAGCUGGGAUAGGCUCCAGCAUGCCCGCGACCCUAUUUUUCUUUAUUAAAAUUAUAUAACAAACAAAAUUGUGGUGAUUUUUUGAUAGCUGGAACAGACUGAUGGCAUUUCAAUUAAUUUCAAUGUAGAAAAUGGAAUUAAGGUAUGAGGAAUGUGAGUUGUGAGCUGGGUCAGGGAACUUGAACAAUUAAACUUCAAGGUAUCAUUGUACUUAAAGGGUAAUUAUAACUGAAUUGUACUUAAAAAUGUACUGUGCUGGAUUUAAAAAAAACAAAACGCUUCGUACACUUUAACAUUAUGCACAGUUUGAACAGUAAUUCAGUGAUUCUUUCAUUAACUACUAGAAGGAGCCUGUGAAGCACUAGUGGUAGAAUUGUUCACUGAACACUAACUCUGUGGACAGUGAGAUCAGUUUCACUCAGUAAGACGCGACGCCAAAGAGAAUACAUUGCCAUUUGUGGACUGCGACGUGAGGGUGUACAGUAUGAAAGCUUCAAUAUUUAGGUCAACAGAAAACCUACUCUCACAGACCAGGACCUUCUCUUUGACUCCCAUCACUUACUGGAACAAAAGCUAGGGGUUAUCAGAACCCUCCAUGACAGAGCAGCAAAGAUUCCUAUCACCAACAAAUGAAGACACAAGGAGCAGACACACAUCAGGAAGGCUGGGAGUCACUGUGGGUAUCCAAAACAGGCAUUUCUGCCAGGAGGACAAAGGCCACAACACCUGAUCAUGAGGAUGCAUUUCAAACCUGGCAACGCCCUCAAACAAAGCUGGUUCACCCCAAGGACAAAAUCCUGAGAAGCAAACCCAAGCAAUGUUUAUGCAGUGCAGUGUAGUCACUUCUACAUUUGAGAAACCAACAAAUCGUUACAAAAAAAAAAAGAAAAAAACGAUAGGGAAGCUUUGGAUACAGAGUCAACAGUUCAUUUGCAACACAAAAAAGAAGGCACAUUGCUUGAGGACAACAGUGUCCAAAUUCUAGACAGUGAGGACAGAUGGUAUGACAGAGGUGUGAAGCCAACUAUGUCAAACUAGAAAGGUCUAUGCCAUCUCUAAUCGUCUCCUUGCAUACAUAUCAGCGAGUGAUAAUAUCCACUUCAUGUCCAAAUUUGACGGGUGAUGAUUUAUGUCCUCAGGCCAGAAGUGUUGACGUCAUCGGAAGUGACGUCUCUGGAAAUAGGACCGGAAAUCGGGCCAAAAAUCCCCAAACCGGAAGUCAUACCGGAAAUCCCAGGGAAAUUAUUUACGACCUUAGGGAAUAGACAGGUCUACAAGGCACCCCCUCCGUGGUCCCUCACAUCGGGUCACCUGUCCAAACAGCUGUUGAUAGAUUGAUAACACACUUGUCAAUAGAUUUACAAGAGGGCCCCCUCCAGGAAGUUAUGAUGUCACAGGAAAUUCUGGAAAUCACUACAGAAAAUCCCAGGGAAAUGAUUUACGACCUUAGGUUAAUAGAAACCCACUCCGGAAAACCCACAGACCCCUCCCACCUGCAGGAGGCCUCUUUCCCCCAAGUGGGCCCCCAAGCGGGCCCCCCGCACUUCCAGUCACAUCCUUACACCUCACCCCACCACACAUUCUCAGCCAUGCCCAAAGGACCCUGUCGAUAGAAUGAUAGCACAGACCCAAAGUGUUCAAUUGUGUCAGAAAAAAAGGAUGAUGUUACAAAUAUCCCUUAUGUUUAAUGUCUUCAACAACCAAAGAGUCCAGUUGACUCAAAGGAACUUUUGCAGAACUCCUGUGCUUUAAUUUUUUACAAAUGCAGCAUUAUUUUGCUUGAAUUGGUUACAAAUGUGUUGUUUGUGGUUUUGGGGAUGGAAGGAUUGUGGACCAGUGAUGUUUUGCUUAAUUCUAAAGUGCGGAUGCUUUGAUGAUGCGGAUGAUGUGUCAGGUGGCUUUUGACACAGGACGUCAUUGUGAUGUAAUGGCACGACUCAACCCCGCUGCCCCCCAUACUGUCCCUUUGCUUCA